UGAAGUCCACCAUCCUCUCUGCAUUAGGUCUGCAACUCCCGACACCGCUCCUACUUGCCUCAUCCAAUUGGCUGUACGUCCUUCGCUAGUCGCAACAAUGAAGAGGUACGUCGCAUGGUGGAUCGUGGUAAGGCAUGUUUUACUGGUAUGUUUUUGCAUAUGCAUAUGCAUUUGCACUCCCUCGGCCAACCCACAACCUCAACCUCCAUCCUCAUCCCAACCUCCACCAGCAGAAUUUUCCGAUUGGUGCCAGCAAAUCUCAUUCGACCUGGCGGCAGUCAUCGACCGCCUUGAGUCGGACGAGACUGAGGACUGUGAGAGCUCCUGCAAGGCGGUCUUCGAAGAAUACUACAAAGAACUCAAACCCACGCCAGACCAAUGCCAGUACAUCGACACGCGCGUUAAAAUCGACCUCCUGAUGUACAACUUCCGUUCCUGGGUGCUCGAUCCCUUGUGUAUGACUCUUGCUGAGCGUAUGCAAUUCUUCCAGCAAUACCCAGCCAGUGUCUGUCAAAUGAGUCGUCAGUGCGGAUGCCGCUUCAGCAUCCUUCUGCGUCGGGUGUUGAUCCAAUUUGAUCAGUUUGGCGUCAAUUCAUGUGAACUGGAUCGAAUACACUACCGUUUCAUGCGUGUAUCCCAAAUGGUAUCGUGGUUGGCCGAUGUCUCCAAAGUCGUGAGAGGGCCGGUAAGAUGCGCUAUCAACUCGAUCUGGAGGCCCGAGAAGGAUCCGGAUCUGAGUCCGUAUCUCUCCGGGCCGUACAUGUCGUUGUCUUACAGAGAUUACAUCUAUCUCGGUGGGCUUCAGAAUCAGCCGAAUGCUCAUGGCAAUGUCGCAGUGGAUGAGCAACGUUUGACGGAGGAAAUCGUUCAAGCAUAUGAAGAAUGGCGGCAAUCAGAAAGAGCGUCUGAUACGGCUCGUACAGAUGCUCGAGGUCCUCAUCGCUUUCUGUAGACAGAGCUAGUGAAUGAACACUUGCUAGCCUUUCAAAAGAACAAACUAAGCCAUCCGUUAACUAGAGCACACUCAGCACAUGAGACAGAUGAUUAAAAUACACCGUCUGGCGAUCUGAAUGAUGUAGUGGGCCAAGGAUUGAUGCCCCGGCGCAGCUGUGCAGCUAUCCCGCGCUGCGCACUCUUGUCAGUGGUCUUGACAUUCGCUAGGUUCCUCGAGAUUUAAUGGGAGUGCGCUAUGUUGUCGUCACAAAUCUCGCUCUUCGUGGUGGACGCGGCAUCUUGAGCGAGGGUACCAUGUUCUACGACUGCCAGUGGACGUCACCCAACAUGAGGCUGGCGAGGCAUCUGAAUCUUGCCAGGCCCGUGUCAGUCCGUGACGACCUGGCCAAAACCCGUAGUUGUUUUAAGCUGUUGUUAGUAUCUAGGCUUUCGCAGAGCUUCACUUCACUUUUCAGUC